AUGGUGACCCUUGAUGUUGAGGACCGGAAGUUGACCAAGGUGGAGCAGCAGCGCUUCAAGGAGGAGGCGGAGAUGCUGAAGGGCCUCCAACACCCCAACAUCGUCCGCUUCUACGACUCCUGGGAGUCCACCCUCAAGGGCAAGAAGUGCAUCGUCCUCGUCACCGAGCUCAUGACCUCGGGCACCCUCAAGACCCAGGACCGGAAGUUGACCAAGGUGGAGCAGCAGCGCUUCAAGGAGGAGGCGGAGAUGCUGAAGGGCCUCCAACACCCCAACAUCGUCCGCUUCUACGACUCCUGGGAGUCCACCCUCAAGGGCAAGAAGUGCAUCGUCCUCGUCACCGAGCUCAUGACCUCGGGCACCCUCAAGACGUAUCUCAAGAGGUUCAAGGUGAUGAAACCCAAAGUUUUACGGAGCUGGUGCCGACAGAUCCUGAAGGGUCUCCACUUCCUUCACACCCGGACGCCCCCCAUCAUCCACCGGGACCUCAAAUGCGACAACAUCUUCAUCACCGGACCCACCGGGUCGGUCAAAAUCGGAGAUUUGGGCUUGGCCACCCUCAUGAGGACCUCCUUCGCCAAGAGCGUCAUCGGGACGCCGGAGUUCAUGGCGCCGGAGAUGUACGAGGAGAGGUACGACGAGUCGGUGGACGUCUACGCCUUCGGGAUGUGCAUGUUGGAGAUGGGCACCUCCGAGUAUCCCUACUCCGAGUGUCAGAACGCCGCCCAGAUCUACCGCAAAGUCACCAGCGGCAUCAAACCAGCCAGUUUCGAGAAGGUGACGGACCCGGAGGUGAAGGAGAUCAUCGAAGGCUGCAUCCGGCAGAACAAGGCCGAGAGGCUCUCCAUCCGGGACCUCUUGAACCAUGUCUUCUUCGCCGAGGACACGGGGUUACGGGUGGAGUUGGCGGAGGAGGACAUGGGGGUGGAGACCUCCUUGGCCCUUCGUCUUUGGGUGGAGGACCCCAAGAAGUUGAAGGGGAAGCACAAGGACAACGAGGCCAUCGAGUUCAGCUUCAACCUGGAGGCCGACGUCCCCGAGGAGGUGGCUUACGAGAUGGUGAAAUCCGGCUUCUUCCACGAGAGCGACUCCAAAGCGGUGGCCAAAUCCAUCCGGGACCGGUUGACGUUGGUGAAGAAGACGCGGGAGAAGAAACAAGCAGAAGGUCGGGCCCCACCCGAAAACGAGGACACGGAGGUGGAUCAACACGUCCGGCAGCAGCUCCUCCGCCACCAACCCCCCCCAAAUGUGUAG